AUGGAAAGAUACGAUUCACUUGCAGGAUCAACAAAAGCGCAAAAUUCAAAGAUAAAGGAGAAGAUAAAACGUCUUGAAGAGAAAAACCUAGCGUUGCAGAAACAGCUUUCUUCGAAGAAAGAAGAGGUUAAACAAUUGAGUACCAGGAUCAUUUCUGCGGGACAACUCCUGAAUGAUACGAAAAAAGAGAACGAUACACUGAGUGAACAAAUCGCAUCUCUAAACAAGGAACUCAGUGACCAAAAGGAUAAAGCCAAAAAGGAGACUGCCAGUCUCAAGGCCCUUCUUGCGGAGCGGGAUGCAAAAAUCAAGAAGCUCAAUGAGAAGGUGGAUUCCCUCUAUAUGACGUCUCUCGAGGAAGCGAGGAAGAAAGACCAGCUGCAAGACCGUCUCGACGAUAUGGAGAAGCAGAUCAAAACUGCCAGUCCUUCCGUGUAUUCGAGCACGAUCAUCUCUUCGUCGGCCGUCUAUUCCCUACUGAGCGACGCCCAGCAGAAAAUAGAGAGUUUGCAGUCCCAGCUGAGCGAGGUCACCAAGCAGCGCGACACCUUAAGCAAAGAGAACGAGAACUUGAAGCAGGACGUUCAGGUUCUUCGAAGGCAGCACGAGAACUGCGCUGCCCGCGAGUCCUUGCUGCACCAGAACAAUCGUCAGCUCCAAAGCAUGGUGGCGAGCCACGAGGCGGAGAAGGCGGACUUGCUUGCGCGGAUUUCGUCGGUCGGAAAGGAGUCGGACGCCACGACGUACUGGAAGAUUCGUUUGGAGAUCGUGGGGUCGCUGAACGAGCGAUUGCUGGGGCUUUUGAAGUUCUUUUCCGGCUUUUCUUCGCUUCCUCCUUUGGGAACGGAGACCUAUCUUUCGAUGCUGGAGCGAGAGCGAAACGAGUUCCUCCAGAUGGCGAGCAAGGAGUGCUCCAAGCGUCGAAUCGUCGAGAGCCAGCUGCUCGGCGUGCAGGAACAGCUGCGCCAGCUCCAGAUGAACUACGACCGUCUGAUCAAUCCGCUGGAGCAGGUGGAGUGCGCGUGCGCGAUGCAGGACGAAACGGAUUUGGCCAUUCUGCGCGAUGCGCUGAACGAGAAACUGGGACAUCUGCAGGCGCUGGAAGGCCAGCUGGACGUGAUGAAGGAGGCGCAGCAGACGGAUAAGCAGCGGAUGGACGCGCUGCAGAAGCGGAACAUCGAGCUGGAAGAGCGACUGAACGUUCUGCAGAAGGAAAACGAAUCGAACCAGCAGUACAUUCAGUCAUUGGAGGAGGACUUGGAGGACAAGGAGUCGAAGAUUCAGCGAGAAAUCACAGCGAGCAAGGUGAUGGAGGAGUCGUGGCAUCAAAUGAAGGAAUCCGUGGAUUCGUUGCGCGCCACCGAUAGGCUGAGUAAGGAUUCGUUGAAGGCGAGCAAAAGUGAACUGAGUCGCGUGAAGGACGAAUCGGAAAGCAAGAUCAAGCAGUUAGAUGAGCGAGUCAAGCAGUUGGAAGAGAAGAGUGGCAAGUUGAAACUGGACUAUGAAGCCGCGAGUUCGGAUUUGGAGACUGUGAGCAACUACGCCGUGAUGCUUGUGUACGACUUCUGCAAAACGUGCAAGGACUGGGAGAUCAGCGUGGCCAACUGCGACUCCAUCGAGAAGAUGAUCUCGCAUCUGGGGACGCUCGCCAGCAAUCCCGGGUUCGUGAACGAGGUGAUGAAGAUCUUUGCGGGGGCCACGACGCUGGUGACUUCCGACCUCUGCACGUUCUUCCAGACGAACCAGGAACACGUGGGGCAGCUGAAGAAGGAGCUGGAGGCGACGACGAAGCUGUGCGACAGCAAGCAGAAGCAGCUGGAUCUGAUUCCGGAUCACGUGCUGCUGGACCAGAUGGAGGGCGGGACGAUGAAGACCACGAUUUCGUGCGAUACGCAGAUGAUUCCCGUGGGGGAGAGCGCGAUGGGGAACCUGCUUCGGCAGAACAAGUAUCUCCAAUCGACCGUCUCCGUGUAUCAGAACGAAAUCGAGGAGCUGUCGAGCCGAUUGCAGGCGGCCAACCAGCUGCCCGUGGCGUUGGGCGUCGACCAGAACAGUGUUUCGCAGCAGCUGGAGUACGAGCGGAGCCAGUGCGUUCUGUGGCGAAUCCGCGCGGAGCAGCUGGAAUUGACGCUGAGUAUGUCGGUGGACAAUCAGAGCUGCCUGACCGAUUCGGAUCUUGCGAACAUUGAAGUGCAGGUGAAUAAUCUCAUGACGGACGUGUUCAAUACAACGUACGAUAUGGGACUGCCGGUCUCGCUCGAGUCGAUGAAGAGCGUGUAUCACAACUGUGUGAAGCAGAAUGAAAACCGAGAGCCGCCCGAGAUUGAGACGAAUUUGUAUUGUACCAAAACCAUGAUCGACAGCAUCAUCAAAUCUCUCUUGGAUGAAAAGUACGUCAUGGAAAUGGCUGCUUCGGAAAUGAAAGACCAAAUCCGGAAGCUGAGAUAUCAAAUGGCAAAUGUUUGA